AGCUGUUCAAAGUAAGCAACUGGUAUACAGCAACUUCAGUCUGCAUAAAGUUAGCAAGCCAGCAUUGCUAACAGUAACGUUUCAAUGUUAAAUAAACGUUAACUUAAUUAAGACUGUCAACAGUAAUUUAAAUAACUUGUUAUACAUUUAUUGUAUUAAUGACACCUUUUUAUGUAUAUAGUUUGGUGUAUAUUUAUAUAAUUUAUAUACUAAACUUUGUUUAGAAUUUGUAUAGGAUUUCUCCUUGUUUAAAACAAAUAAUGAUGAUACCAAUACCUCCGCAAAGAAAAGAAAAUAAGUUGUCCUCCCAAGCCGUGUCAGGGAUUUAACCCUGCCGUGACCCGGAUUCGAACCGGGGUUGCUGCGGCCACAACGCAGAAUACUAACCACUAUACGAUCACGGCGCGCUACUAGGAGUGAUGCGACCCUCGACUUCAGUUAGCUUUAUAAAGUAGUCCUGGGCGGAUGCUUUGGGGUAUCAACUGUGUUUGGGGUACUUCAUAUGUCCGCGAAAAAGCAGAUAUUCUUUAUUCCUCAAGACCUCUAACCAUAUGUAGGCUAUAUACAUAGCCUAUAUAGUGUCUUAUAUGUGUACUGUGUAUAUAUGGCUCUUAUGUCAACGGCAAAUACGGUAGAGAUAGUUAGCAAGCUAACUUGGCUGCUAACAUACAUCAGAGGUUAGCAGAGUUUUCUAUUUGAGAGAGGUUGAGAGCUGUCGUUUUCUUUUACUUACUUUGCUUUUGGUCGUAUUCAAUAUAGUCAACGCCAGGGAGGCUUUCAAUCAUAUUUUACGGUACCCGAGUAACAUUUUACCUUAAAUUAGAUAACGUAACGUUGACCGAAAAGUUUAAUGUAAUGUUAGCAAAGCUAACUAUCUAUUCGGUCGGAUGAGGUAUAACGUAUUUGCAAAUAUGAAAUAUUGUUUCAAGGUAUUUUCAACUUCUGUUUCAGCCACAUUUGUAGAUUUUAAUCAACACUUGUAAUCUUUCGUAUGCAUAAAUGACCCAUCUAAUUGGUAUAAAAAGCUAAGUCUAUCUUAGGCAAUGUAUCGGUCCCAUAUGGUCUAGCGGUUAGGAUUCCUGGUUUUCACCCAGGCGGCCCGGGUUCGACUCCCGGUAUGGGAACUACCUCUUUUGUCCUUUAUUGUGUAUAGUUCCAAGAUAAGUAAAAUAUUAACGUGAACUGUUUUUCAGCAAUAUUUGUGACGGAUAUACGUUACAGUUACACCCAGUACACAAAGUUAUUCUCUAAAUGGCAAUGGAUGUAAUUCAUCCCCUUUUUUCUAUUGGUACAAUCCGGGACAUGUGAUGUUUUAUGGAAAGAAUGAUAACAGAAAGGCUGACGUAGCCUACUAUGCAGAAAAAAAUGAAUGAAUGACUCCAUAUCAGAGUGGGUUUAGAAGGGGCGGAGUACUUUAGAUCCACUGCUGUGCCUGGAAUCUGAAAUCAGGAAAGCUCAAGCGAAUAAGGAUGUGUAUUCUUUGAUGUGGAAAAAGCCUAUAUAGGCUACGAUAUGAUGUGGAAGUAAGGAUUAUUAAUAAAACUGGACAUUAUGGGUUUGGGAGGUAUAGUAUAUUGGAUUAUGGAUUUUUUGUUUGAUUGGAACCCCGCAGCGGAGCGUAAUUAGUCCUCUUUUGUUCUCUAUUAUGAUAAAUGAUAUAUACACAAAUGGAUCCGAUAUUGGUAAGUCACUUUUUGCAGAUUAUAGAGCUAUUUGGAAAAGGAGUAGAAAUGUAAAUUAUAUUGUAGGUAAGAUUCAGGAAGCAAUUACGGAAAUUGAAAGCUGGUCUCUGACAUUGGGGUUUAGAUUGUCGGUAGAAAAAAAUCUGAAACUUUAUUUUUUACGAGAAAAAAGAUAGGUGAAGAGGUUAAGUUAAAACUUUAUGCACAAGAAAGAAAGUGAAGACAUUUAAGUUUCUGGGAAUAUGGUUGGACGAGAGAGUCACAUGGAGUAUUCACAUUGAUAAAGUAGAAGAUAAAUGUAAACAAGUUUUAAAUGUUAUGAGGUGCUUGGCAGGCACUAAGUGGGGGCUGAUAAAGCUGCUUUGAGGAACUUUAGGGACAGCCCUAAUUAGAUCAGUCAUAGAUCAGUCAUAGAAGACUAAUAUGUAUGGUUCAGCUGUAUACUCUUCUCUACAACAAUUUGAUGCAGGCACAAGCACUAAGGAUGCUGUGGGGCAGUCAGAUCUACACCAGUGUCGGCACUUCAGGUAGAGGUCGGAGAAAUACCAAUAUAAUUGAGGAGAAAACAGUUAAUUGUUAACUAUUGGGCAAAUCUACAGGGCCAUGAAGAUACUCACUAAACAAACUGUAAAAACAAGUUGGGAAAGUAAUACAAUUAAAAAAGAAAGUGUUUGUGUUUCGGAAUUAUGUAAGGAAUUCAAAGUUAAGGAAUGGAAUAUUAGUCCAACUGUGUUGAUAUCAGCUGUUCCACCAUGGUUACUACCUCAACCUGUAAUAGAUAUAUCCUUACUGAAACGGUUAUAUUCAAAGAAAGAUCAAAAUGAAUGUGCAGGCUUAUGUGAACAAGCCUACAUGAAAAAUAUGGGCAGUUUAUACAAGUAUUUACUGAUGGAUCCAAAAGUCCAGAAAAUUGUAAAACUAUAGUUGUGCAUUUUAUGAGCGAGUGAUCACAUCAGUGUUCACAGUGGAGAUGAUGCUCUGACUCCAGCGCCGCUUUGGAGAGUAUAGGCUAUCAUUUAUCGUCAUUCCGUCGUCAGGAUAUUCUGCAUGAAAUAUUGCACAUAAUGUAAAGGUUAGUAACUUAGUACAUUUGGUAAUUGUUGUUCUGUUUGUGUGGACUCCUCUGCAUGUGGGUAUUAGAGGUAAUGAGGUAGUGGAUCAACUGACAACAAAUGAAUUGAAAGCAAAUCAGAUUGAAUUAGCAGUAGCCUAGGCAGAAGUAAAAUCAUUUACGAAAGUUAUUAUCAAGCAACAAUGGCUAUAACACUAAAGGAAGAUACAAAGGGAAGAAUGGAAAGCACUUGGGGGAGUAUUAGAACAGAACAUUAUCAGCUCAGCAUGAUACAAUUGGGUCACUCCGGAUUAAACUCAUCACUGCAUCUGAUUGGAAAACAUCCAACUGGCAAUUGUGAUUGCCAACAAUCAGAGACAAUAAAUCAUGUAUUAUUUUUGCUGCCCGGAAUAUACAAGGCAAAGACUCAUUCUGAAAACUGCAAUGGAACAACCUAACAAUCAAGGACAUGAAUUUCAAGUCAAUAUUCGCAAGUAGGCCUAACUCAAGAAAUGAAGAAGUUCACAAACUAAUCUUCACGUUUCUCAAAAACACUGGUCUGAGGACAAAGAUUUAACUUGAAGAUUCAAUAAGUCAACAGUAGGUGGCGAUAAUGCCCCAAGUGGUUGAGACUCGCCAUUAAAGAAAAAAAGAAGAAGAAAAAGAAGAAGAAGGCAUGUGAUGUUGAUCACGUGACGGCGUUUGUCACAUGAUGCUCCCCGUACACGGAAGUAGUAACGUCUUUUAAAAUCGUAUAGGUCAAUUUAGUGCGUUAAAAUCUGGUUUAAAUCUUGAACGGUUGUUUUUUUUAGUAAAAACGACGCCGGGUAAGAUUGUAUGAAAAAGCACUCGAGUUGGUAACGCUGAAAAAAUCGACAUGGUUGUUUUAGAAUUGGAAGAAUCUUCUCUGUUACUGGACGAAAAGCUGCUCCGGUUCAUGGACCAGCUGGAGUUACUGGAGGAGAAACGAGCCGCUCUCAACUCUCUCAUUGAGCAGGGAUGGUUUUCCAUGUCCAAGGCACGAUAUUCCAUGGGAAAUAAGCGCGUCUCUGCACUUCAGUAUGCAAGUGAGAUAGAGCCUCUGGUCUGUGUCCAUGCAAGAACACUGGACAAUGGUGAGGUGGAUUUCUGCACCGAAAGGUCCAAACAAAAGGCUAGAGAUGAGGCAGGAAAAGAAGCCAGGUCAAUAGAGGAUAUUGGACCUCAGGAAGAAGUAAUUGAGCUGUCAGCUGAGAUUGCAACCCUUCAGACUGCCAUUUUGAACAGCAGGCAGGAGCUGAAGCAAUGCAGGAAGGACAAACCCAUUCUCCAAGAAGUCUCAGCAACUCGGUUGGAAAAGCUGACAGACUAAAUAACUGUUGAGUUUAACCUGAGAAGACUCUCUGGCUAAAGAGAGUGACAGGUUGGAGUCAGUCUAUUUCUUCAGGGCCAAUUGAACUCAACAUGGAUCCUCUGGGUGGAUUUUGAACGAGAGAUUACAGAUUAUUCUGUUUGACUGAAUGAGUAAAUAAUAUUAGAUAAAGUUUGAACUUGUGCGUUUUUUGACAAUGUGUUUGUGAAUGCUGUUUUAGUAUUUCGGUGUUGUAGACAAGAUCACUUUUUAGAAUCUUUCAAUAAAUGGAUGGUACCAUUUCUCGAGAAUGCACCAUUUAUACAUGAUUUAUAAGACAUAAUAAUAAAAAAUAAGCAUUUACUCAUAAUUAAUAGAUCAUUAUAGGCGGUUUAAACUAACCUAUUGUAGGUUGCCAGGUUGUAAACAAUGCCUUUGACUAGUGUUAAAUGCAUUAUAUCUGGUUGUAAUGCAGUUAUAUUGAAUCUCUGCAGCCAUUUAGAAAAGAAAACGGUAAAACAUGAUUUGCAUAUCAAUUAUUUGAUUUAUUAUAUAUUAAGGUUUUUGUGUACUCAUUUCCACAUGUUGAUCGCACAAUGUGAUCUUUGUUUUGUCGAACACUUUUGGUUUGAAAAAUACUGUAAAUAAAGGUUAUUAUACAGUUGUGGGUGUUUCCACAACCUGUCCACGUAUUAACCAUUAAUAGAGCCAUUAUUUACAACGUUUUAACCCCAUUAUAAAGGCGGCCUUUUUGAAAAGUGGUACCAAAUUAUAUAAAUGAUCGAUUCUGUCUUAUUUCUUCUAAAUGUUUCAUGCAAUAAAUAAAAGUGAUGUUUAAUAAA